ACUUGAGUCAAAGGAGCCUUUCCUAUCUGUUGGUGGUUACGUCUUCGACUAUGAUUACUACAGAGAUGAUUUCUACAAUCGGUUGUUCGAUUACCACGGCCGCGUGCCUCCACCUCCCCGCGCGGUCAUCCCGCUGAAGCGCCCCAGGGUGGCUGUCUCGACGACUCGCCGGGGAAAAGGGGUCUUUUCCAUGAAAGGGGGCUCGAGAUCUGCCGCCAGCGGGUCCUCUUCAUCAGGUUCGAAAUUGAAAUCGGAUGAGUUACAGACAAUCAAGAAAGAAUUAACGCAGAUCAAAACUAAAAUCGACUCCUUGCUAGGGCGCCUGGAGAAGAUUGAGAAGCAACAGAAGGCAGAGGCCGAAGCUCAGAAGAAACAAUUGGAAGAGAGUAUAGAGCUGAUCCAAGAGGAAUGUGUGUCGGAGAACGCAGACCACUCUCCCGAGGAGCCUGCAGAAGGAGGGCCCGACGCGGACGGCGAGGAGAUGACCGACGGCGUAGAGGAGGACUUCGAGGAAGAUGGGGGCCACGCGCUGUUUCUACAGAUAAAGUGAUCUGAAUGAAUGAAUGAAGCCACAAAGCAGAAAAGAGGCAUUCUGACAACCCCAGAGAUGUCAGAGGAGAUUCCUUACUGGAGAGCAACAUCUUUGGUUCAAUUUGCAUAAAAACCCAAAUAAAUAAAAUGGACAGUAUUGUUCAGUCUUAGAAAUUCCAUUUCUUCUAUGUUCUGAGCUGUAUAAUUGUCAGAUUUUUAUGGUUUAGAUUGUAAAUGUGUGUUUCCCUUUGCUAAUUAUGUUUGGGUUGUUGUUGUUGUUGUUUGUCUUAAAAAUCUUAAAAUGUGAAGGAUAUUAUGAAUGGUAAGGGAGACACUAUAUACAAAUGUAUAUUUGUAAAAGCUAUUUUUAUGAUUAGCAUGUUUCACCAUUGAUCAUAUAUAAAGUCGGGUGAUAUUGCAAUUCUAUGUUUAAAGCUUAUUCCCAACAAUGUUAUGUAAGAAAAGAUACAUCAUAUGCUAGUUUUUGUAAUUUAUUUUUAAUUUAUAGUUUAAAGUACUUCAGAUCAUAAAGAUAAAAUACUUGAAAAGGUUAUAUUUCUGCCCUAUAUGCGCACCAUUUUUACUCAUAAGGAAUGCAACAAUUUCAGAUGUGAGUCAAGAGCUAAAGGUGUCGGCGUGACCUGUGGUUGAGUUCAGCAUCCCCCUGCUCUCCUGGAUGGGAUGACCCUGCUCUCACCCAACCCGCGGUCAGGGGCGGGAGACCCCGGGGCAGGUGUCAGUGUGAGUGCAGGUGAGAAUGAGGAGGGAUGGUCUCGUCUUGGACCCACGCGUGUACCUGAGUGCCAGCAUCGUCCAUCUCCUGCGACCAGGAGCCCCCUCCCCGAGCAUCGCCAGUGUUCUCCGGAGCGAGCUGCCGCCUUGCGCUGUGGAAAUGGAAGAGCCCAACCUCACAGCCUGGGAGAGUUCAGCACAUAAUUUCUUAAUAAAUUCUGUUUCUUUUCAAACAAA